AUGAGAUCGAACAAGCGCAUCAUCCGUCGGCCUUACAUCCCCGGCGCCCUGCUAUUGAGGGACUUGAAGCCGGGGUUCAAGCCACUUGGACUCUACUCACAAGGCAUGGACCUCAUCAAGAAGUCUCGAAAAAUUCUAUCUGACCCCUUUCAAGCCAAUUUAGAUCCCGAAGGUACAGCCAUCAAACCGCGGGCCAAGUUAUCAUCAUCGAGCAAUGGAAACACAAGGCUGAGGCCACCGCUGAUAAGAGGGCCAGCUAUGAGAUAUGCAAACUUCAGGGGCGAGAAAAGAAAGCGAGAGGGGGAUGAUGGAAACUUUUAUCGGCGAAAAAACAGGUUGCUCAACGCAGGCGCCAUAAAGAUCGUCACAGAAGAGGAAAUGCGAGACAUUAUCCAUUGUCGGCCUUUACUCGAGAUACUCUAUCCCGGCUGCCUAACUCCAACCACAGAGUUCAUCGAACGGCCAGACAUUUUUGAGUGGUUUGCAUCAGAGGGGUUGGUUGACUCUCAGGAAAGUUUCGGAGACUUGACAUCAGAAUUGAGCUGUACCUUGGACAACCUUACCAUCGUUGGUGAUGACGACACCAUCAUGCAUACCCCGUAUACGAACUCCGAGACUCAUAAUGACGAUGAACGAUCAGAACGAUCUAUGAUGGAAUAUACUUUGGAGUGCGAAAACGUCUACUGCUCAAGAAAACGCUAUUCCGAGAGCUCGAUCGAGGUCCCUUUCCUGAUUGACGAAGCUAUAGAUGAGCUUCCCGAGGAAUUUGAUUGGAAAUCUGUGCUGCCGGAACUGGAUAUGACGUGGAGCUUGCCAAAUCAGUUUGCCAACUGUGCUUCUUCUUCUGAUGAGUCCAUGGUUUUCGAAGACGUGUGCCCGGAUGUGUUUGGGCCGUCUGCGGCACUGGGUUUGGAGGCGGAUUCGAAAUUUGAGUAUGGCUUGGAAGCGAAUUGUGAGGUCGAGGAAACAGAAUGCCGAGCUGAAAUGGAGGUAGAAGUGGAAGAAGAAGAAGUGGGUGAAGAAAUGGACGAAAAUGUUGGAGCCGAAGUGUGCGAAGAAGUGGAGAAGGAAAUACAACAAUACAUGGAAGAAGAAGAAGAAGAAGUGGUAGAAGGAGUUGAACAAGAAGUUGAAGAAGUUGAAAAAAUGGAUGAAGACAUGGGAGAAGAAAUGGAAGGAGUACACCAAGAAGUUAAAGAAGAGGUUAAAGAAGAAGUUGGAGAAGGAGUGUACGAAGAAGAAGUGGGAGGAGAAGAAGUGGGGGGAGAAGAAGUGGGAGGAGAAAUGAAAGAAGGAAUGUGCUACGAAGGAAUGCACUACGAAGGAAUGGAAGAAGCAUACAGAAAAAUGGAAGAAGAAGUGUACGAAGAAGUUGAGGAGAAAAUUGGGGGAGAGGAGGCGAGGGAAGAAAUGGGAGAAGAAGCGUGCGAAGAAGCAACGGAGGAAGCGUACAAAAAAGCGUACAAAAAAGCGUACAGAGAAGCAAUGGAAGAAGAGUACAAAGAGGCGUACAAAGAGGCGUACAAAGAAGCAAUGGAAAAAGCGUGCAAAAAAGCAAUGGAAGAAGCACGCGAAGAAGGAAUAGAGGGGGCAUACGGAGAAAUAGAAGAAGCGUACAAAGAAGCAAUGGAAGAAGAAAUGGAAGCAGCCAUGGAAGCAGCAAUGGAAGAAGCAAUGGAAGAAGCGUACAAAGAAGCAAUGGAAGAAGCAUACAGAGAAAUGGAAGAAGGAGUGUACGAAGAAGGAGUUGGUGAAGAAGUGGAAGAGGAAGUGCACGAAGGAGAAGUGCACGAAGGAGAAGUGUACGAGGAACAAGUCGGCGAAGAAGAAGUCGGCGAAGAAAUGGAAGAAGAAAGGUACGAAAAAAUGGAAGAAGUAUACGAAGAAGCGGAAGAAGAAGCGGACGAGGAAGUGGAAGAAGAAAUGGGAGACGAAAUGGAAGUGGAAGAAGGAUUGGGACAACACCGAGAUCAAGGGAGAACACCAGGAUCAAUCUUUCCAAUGACCGAGUUGACAUAUAUAACACCAGCGCCUGCUCUCCAGUUGGAAUAUCGACCUUUGAAUUCGCCAGUUGACCAGUUUCCUCAGGUUGACGGAUAUAGAGUUGAGCAGUGUUCCCACUGUCGGCAGACUAACGAGGAUUUGGUCCAGUUCAUUAGGGCUUUACUAGAAAGGAUACAGACAGAUUUGCUGAUAAUUGAACAGAGCGUUCGACCUUGCUGUUCUGGAGCGCAAGGUAGAGGCUGCGUCGAGGAGAGUGAAUUGAAGGGGGACAUGGACAUGGAGGAUGAGGCAUCGGCUUGA